AUCCCACUUUCAUUUCUCCAUUACUCUUAUUUCUCUCUCUAACCCACUUUCUCUCUCCUCUCCUCCAAAAAAGAUGUUGUGAAUCUGAUGAAUUUGAGUUUAAGCUGUUUUUGCAGUGAAUGGGUUGCAUGCUCUCUCAUUUGGCUUCCAAAUUCGCCUUCUUUCCGCCGUCGCCGUCGACUUAUCAGAUCAGAAAGCGAGACGGCGACGGUCGGCUUACGGUGGUUUCGACGGCGGCGGGAGCGGUGGGGUCGGCGGUGGAGGACAGUUUGUUGGAUGUUUUGAUGAUUGAUACGAAACGUGGGAAUAAGAUAGUGGGAUUUUAUUUGAGGAAUCCUUGUGCGAGACUUACUCUGCUUUAUUCCCAUGGCAAUGCUGCAGACCUUGGCCAACUCUAUGACCUUUUUCUUCAGCUUAAACGUAAUCUCAGAGUUAAUCUUAUGGGAUAUGACUAUUCUGGCUAUGGAGCUUCAACUGGUAAGCCGAGCGAAUCAAAUACGUAUGCUGACAUCGAAGCGGUUUACGAGUGCCUUGAAACUGAGUAUGGAGUCAGCCAAGAAGACUUGAUCUUGUAUGGGCAAUCGGUUGGAAGUGGACCAACGUUGCAUUUGGCUUCUAAACUGCCACGGUUGAGGGGUGUCGUGCUGCAUAGCGCAAUCCUUUCGGGUCUACGGGUUCUAUGCCAUGUGAAGUUCACCUGUUGCUUUGACAUUUAUAAGAAUAUUAACAAAAUCAAGAAGGCGAAGUGUCCUGUGCUUGUGAUACAUGGCACGGACGAUGAUGUUGUCGACUGGCUCCAUGGAAAUGGUUUAUGGAAAAUGUCGCGAGAACCGUACGACCCUCUAUGGAUAAAAGGAGGAGGACACUGCAACUUAGAGCUUUAUCCAAACUACAUCCGCCAUCUUUGCAAAUUCAUCCAAGAUAUGGAGAACAUUACCACGAAAGUUCGCCUAAAAAAGAUUCGACAAACUCGUGAUCUACCAAAAAGAUCGUGUUGCUGUACAGUCUCUUGUGAUGGAUGCUGCUGCAAAGUGAAAUGCUGGCAACCACCAAAAUGUUCGAGACCAAGCUGUGCAGGUUGCUGCUCGAUACGGUUGAAAUGCCCCGAAUCCUGUAAACCCAGAUGCCCAAAAUGCCCAACGCCGACGUGCUGCUUCAGCUGCUCCUCCAUCACCAGUUGUUUGGCUCAAUGGAGAUUCAGUAACUGUUGCAGCAGCAGCUGUUUCCAAUGGAGAUGCUGUUGUGAAAGAGGGUCCUCCAAUGGGUAGGAGGGGAAGGACUUUGAAUGGUGGUUUGUAUAGAAGAACGCUGGAGGAAGAAGAUCUCACUGUUAUAAAGAUGAAUAUGAAUCUGCCCCCUACUGAACUGAAGCUACUAUUUGAUGGAGGCAAGCAAGGUCGUUUGCUUACUCUCCGGCAAGGAAGGAGGCAUUGAAAAUCAAACUAAGACCAUAAGUCGAGGCAUUCGGAAAACAACUAGUCACUUCUGACCAAGCUUCUAUCAAAUCGACCACUACAUAAAUAAUCUAAUGAAGCUGUUAGAGGCCGAAGAUGUAGCUUAUUUUACAAAGCAAAGCCACUAAUGGAGCGACGAAGGGGGCAUAGUAACCACUGAAAUAUAAAAAAACGACACCAAAUGAACUAUUUAAGUCAUUAGUGUGAUUGCAUUUUGAAUUCGCUUGUCAAAAAUCCUAGCAUAAUGAGUUCGUUGACCGAGUAAAAGCAAUCCAUCUUGAUAAUGAAUUCCAAUAUAACAACUCAGAUAUGUUCGGGUUCGCCGAUAACUCCGUUGUUUGAA